AUUCUUGCAAAGAAUAUGUGAUUAUUGAUUGAAUACAAGGACUGUGUUAUAUAAGAGGCGACAUAUAGUAUUGGAAAAAGUAUUGAAUUUAUUGAUUUAUUUGUCUGCACACGAAAUGCNGUGUGGGAAAUAUGGGCCGUAGGGCUACUCUCCAUAACAUUAAGUAUAUGGACACAGCGGUCGGUGCCAUCAAUCGAGGCAUCGCUUACAUACCAUAUGUUCCCAAAUCGUCGAAAGAUAAUAAUGAAAAACAAAACGACAAGAGUAUCGGCCUUUCAAAGAGUCCGGCCGUUGUCUUCAAGAAUCCCGGAAAGAAAGGUCCGUUUAUUGUACGAACAGAUCCGACACCACCGCAAACGGCCACCGCAUCGACGCCACCCGUCACACCACUUCCCGAAGACUUCCUCGACAUUGACGACGAAUUCGAUCUUCCGAUCACUUUAGCGAUUCUAAUACUAAUUAUCUAUCUAUUGAUUGGAGCCGUUAUAUUCUGGUCGAGCGAGAAGUGGUCACUUCUUCACGCGUUUUAUUUUGUGUUUAUCUCGAUGUCAACCAUCGGGUUCGGCGAUUACGUGCCGUCCAAUCAGAACGUACUGUUGGCCGCAUUCAUAUACCUGUUGUUUGGUUUGGCGCUGACCUCGAUGUGCAUAAACGUGGUUCAAAUCAAACUGAGCGCAACGUUUCAAAAGGCAAAACUCUUGGUCGGAGAGACCAUCGGUCUCGACGUACAGCAGAUUAUGCUUGUUCUCAACCUGUUACUUUUGUUCCUAUUCCUCAGCUCUGCCGGGAGUUUCCUG